AGUUUAUAUUUCGUGAGCAGUUAAACACGUGCAGUUUAAAUCAAAGUGAAAAAAACUGCAGCAUGGAGGAAACUACAAUUCCGCCCAUAGGGGAAUCUAUGAAUUCGUCCAUGGACCAGUUUUGUGGCUCCGAAUUUUGGAAUGCCAAUAAGACCUGGUGGACACUGGAUCCGGAUUUUACGCCCUGCUUUGAGCAGACAGUCUUAGUUUGGAUACCUUGCGCCUUCUAUUGGUUAUUUGUGCUCUUCGAUUUCUAUUAUCUGCGUGCCAGCUUGGAUAAGAAUAUACCAUGGACUAAGCUCAGCAUAGCCAAGCUGCUAUUCAAUUUAGGACUGGUAGUUGUCACUGCCUUGGAUUUGAUUAUGGCCUUUAUAAAGAAGGGCGGCGACUCCCAGCUGGCUCUAACUAAUCUAGACGUCUGGGGUCCAAUUAUAAAGCUUGCCACAUUUUUGAUGCUAUUAAUAUUUAUACCACUGAAUCGCAAAUAUGGCGUGCAAACCUCAGGCUGCCAGUUUCUGUUUUGGUUUCUACUCACCAUAUUCUCCAUACCGCGUUGCCGCACGGAGGUGAGGGAGCAGCAUAGUCGCAACAAUAUACUCAACACGCAACCGGCUGAUUCACACGACUUUUCCUGGGAAGAGUAUCAGUUUGUGAGCUUCUUCAUAUUCUUUGCAUUUACAUGCGUAAUGCUGAUCAUAAACUGCUUUGCCGAUGGCUUGCCAAGACAAACCAAAUACAAGCGUGGUGAGAAUGAAAUCCCAGAGCUCUCCGCCAGCUUCUUGUCGCGCAUUACCUAUCGCUGGUUUGACAGCAUGGCCUUGAAAGGCUAUCGCAAGCCGCUGGAGGAGGAUGAUUUGUGGGAUCUGCGCCCACAGGACAGCUGCAAAGAGGUUAUGCCCACAUUUGCCUUCUACUGGAACAAGAACAUAAGGAAAAAUUACAAGGCAAGCAGUGCAGCCACAGCGGAGCCCAAAGCGCAGUUUAGCAAUGGCAAAGUUUCAUUUGAGAAUCCUCAUGGACAGCGCAGCGGACGCAAGAAGGGCAUGGCCAGCAUUAUGCCGCCCAUUUACAGAUCUUUCGGCGGCAUCUUUAUGUUUGGCGCCUUCUUUAAGCUAAUUGCUGAUAUGUUAACCUUUGCUCAGCCACAAGUGUUGGGCUUGAUCAUAGGAUUUGUCAAUGACUAUCAAAAGGAUCCGCAGCCUGAAUGGAAGGGCAUUAUGUAUUCGGUUAUGCUGUUUGUGCUCGCUGCCAUGCAAACCUUCAUCUUGGCUCAGUAUUUCCAUCGCAUGUUUAUUGUUGGCCUGCGCAUUCGCACAGCUUUGAUUAACUGCAUCUAUCGCAAGGCGUUGCGCAUUUCGAAUGCUGCACGCAAGGAGUCCACUGUGGGUGAAAUUGUCAAUCUUAUGGCUGUGGACGCGCAACGUUUUAUGGAUUUAACCACAUACUUGAACAUGUUGUGGUCUGCACCACUGCAAAUCGGUCUGGCGCUUUACUUCUUGUGGCUGCAGUUGGGUCCAUCUGUGCUUGCCGGUCUGGCGGUCAUGAUUAUUAUGAUUCCCUUGAACGGCGUCAUUGCCAGUCGCAUCAAAACCUAUCAAAUACGCCAGAUGAAGUACAAGGAUGAGCGUGUCAAGCUGAUGAACGAAGUGCUAAGCGGCAUUAAGGUGCUUAAACUGUACGCCUGGGAGCCCAGCUUUGAGAAGCAAGUGUUGGACAUACGUGAUAAGGAAAUUGCUACACUGAGGUCUACAGCUUACUUGAAUGCCAGCACAUCCUUCUUGUGGUCCUGUGCGCCCUUCUUGGUAUCAUUAGUUACAUUCGCUACUUAUGUUCUCAUCGAUGAAAAUAAUGUGCUCGAUGCACAGAAAACUUUUGUCUCAUUGUCAUUAUUCAAUAUUCUUCGUUUUCCGCUAACAAUGUUGCCCAUGAUGAUCACCAAUCUGGUGCAAACGCAAGUUUCCGUUAAGCGCAUUAACAAAUUCUUGAACAGUGAAGAGCUGGAUCCCAACAAUGUGCAGCAUGAUGCCUCCAAACGUCAUCCCAUGAGCAUUGAGAACGGCCACUUCUCGUGGGGCGAUGAGGAUGAGUUGACGCUCAAGAACAUAAAUAUUGAGGUGCCCAAGAAUAAUCUGGUCGCCAUUGUCGGCACUGUGGGCUCCGGUAAGUCGUCAGUGAUACAAGCGCUGCUCGGCGAAAUGGAGAAAAUCUCCGGCACGGUCAAUACAGUGGGCAAAAUGGCCUAUGUGCCGCAGCAGGCGUGGAUCCAAAAUGCCACCGUACGUGACAAUAUAUUGUUUGGCAAGCCGUACGAUCGCAAGCGCUACAAUCGCGUAAUCGACGCCUGCGCGCUGCGCACAGACAUUGAGAUACUGUCCGCUGGCGAUCUCACCGAGAUCGGUGAGAAGGGCAUCAAUCUGUCCGGUGGCCAGAAGCAGCGCAUCUCCUUGGCACGCGCUGUGUACAGCGAUGCAGAUCUUUAUCUGCUGGACGAUCCACUGAGCGCUGUCGAUGCGCAUGUAGGCAAACACAUCUUCGAGGAGGUGGUCGGACCGAAGGGCAUGCUGGCACGCAAGACUCGCGUGCUGGUCACACACGGCAUCACCUUCCUGCCCCAGGUGGACAACAUCUAUGUGCUGAAGCUGGGCGAGGUCAGCGAGUUUGGCACCUACAAUGUGCUGCUCAAGAACAAGGGUCGCCUUUGCGACUUCUUGAUUCAACAUUUGCAAGAAGGCGAAGAGGAAGCCGAGGAACUAGACCAAAUCAAACGCCAGCUCAGUCAUACAGUGGAAGAGCCGGAAUUGCUUGGAACAUUUGAGAAAGCCAUCAAACUAGCACGCACCGAAAGCCUGUCAGACUCUAUCUCUGUAACCUCUGCUGAUAGCUUAAUCGGCAGCGGUGGCGGCGGAAGUUUGCGUCGUCGCGCCAAGCGUCAGAGUUCCCACGACUCAGCGGCCUCGGCUGCUUCGUUGAAGAAGAAACAGGAGAAUGAGGGCAAACUUAUUGAACUGGAAAAGUCUCAAACGGGUGGCGUUGAUUUCGCCGUCUAUAAACAUUACAUCAAGAGUGUGGGCAUCUUUUUGUCUGUGGCAACGCUAGUGCUGAACUUUGUAUUCCAAGCAUUCCAAAUUGGCUCCAAUCUGUGGCUCACCAAAUGGUCCAACGAUGACACUGUGGCUAACGAUACAAGCCGUCGUGACAUGUACCUGGGUGUCUAUGGUGCCUUCGGUUUCGGUCAAGUUCUAACCAGCUAUCUAUCCACACUUGCUCUGAGUCUGGGCUGCAUUUAUAGCGCCUUCUAUUUGCACAACACUAUGCUUAAGUAUACCAUGCGCUGGCCCAUGGAACUGUUUGACAUAACGCCGCUGGGUCGCAUUGUAAAUCGCUUCUCCAAGGAUGUCGACACCGUUGACUCCACGCUGCCCUUGAACUUACGCGUAGCUGUGACGCAACUAUUUGCGGUUUUGGCCACAAUUGUGGUUAUUAGCAUAUCGACGCCAAUAUUUUUGACCGUCAUAGUGCCCAUAGGCUUCAUCUACUACUUUGCUCAGCGCUUCUAUGUGGCCACCUCCAGGCAGCUGAUGCGCUUGGAGUCGGUCUCACGUUCGCCCAUCUACUCGCACUUUGGCGAAACAGUCACGGGAGUGUCCACUAUACGUGCAUAUACUGUGCAGGAUCGCUUUAUUGAUGAAUCGGACAACAAGGUGGACAAGAAUCAAGUAUGCAAAUAUCCAUCGCUGAUUGCCAAUCGUUGGCUGGCUGUGCGUCUGGAGAUGGUGGGCAAUCUGAUUAUAUUGUUUGCUUCGCUGUUUGCUGUGCUGGGUGGCCAAACGAAUCCUGGUCUGGUUGGUCUGUCUGUCAGCUAUGCGCUGCAGGUAACCCAAACGCUCAAUUGGCUGGUGCGCAUGUCCUCGGACAUUGAAACAAACAUUGUGUCUGUGGAGCGCAUCAAGGAGUAUGGCGAGACGAAGCAGGAGGCUGCCUGGGAGCUGGAGGAGGACAAGAAGAAGCCACGCAACUGGCCGGAGCAGGGACGUGUCGAGUUCCAGAACUUCCAGGUGCGCUAUCGCGAGGGUCUGGAUCUGGUGUUGCGCGGCGUUAGCUUCAACAUCAGCGGUGGCGAGAAAGUUGGCAUUGUUGGACGCACAGGCGCCGGCAAGUCCAGCUUGACGCUGGCUUUGUUCAGAAUUAUCGAAUCAGCUGGCGGCAAAAUUCUCAUUGAUGGCGUUGAUAUUGCCACCAUGGGUUUGCAAAUGCUGCGCUCACGCCUGACCAUCAUACCACAGGAUCCCGUGCUGUUCUCUGGCUCGCUGCGCUCCAAUCUGGAUCCGUUUAAUGUCAAGACAGACGAUGAAAUCUGGAAGGCGCUGGAUUUGGCGCAUUUGAAAACAUUUGCCAAGACCUUGACCGCCGGCUUGAAUCACGAAAUCUCUGAGGGCGGCGAGAAUCUUUCCGUGGGUCAGCGUCAAUUGGUUUGCUUGGCGCGCGCGCUGCUGCGCAAGACCAAAGUGCUGGUGCUGGAUGAGGCAACAGCAGCUGUCGAUCUAGAAACAGAUGAUUUGAUACAGAAAACAAUACGCAGCGAAUUUAAGGAAUGCACUGUGCUUACCAUUGCGCAUCGUUUGAACACCAUAUUGGACUCGGAUAAGGUUAUUGUGCUGGAUAAGGGAGAGAUUACAGAAUUUGCAUCGCCCACCGAACUGCUGGAUAACUCCAACAGCGCCUUCUAUAGCAUGGCCAAGGACGCCAAUCUGGUUUAGUUAGUUAAAUGGAACGAAACUCAUAUUCAAAGAAACGGCAGCUAAUAGAUAAUACUAUAUAGAACAAUAGCUUAAAAUCAAAAGAAUACUAUUUGGCAAUUGUAAGAGCUCUACCUCAAGCGCAGGCAAAAGCUACAAAACAUAAUUAACUACAACAGCAACAGCAAUCAGAGAACUAUAUUAUUUUGUAUUCGUGCGUAUGUGUGUGUGCAAUUAGUGAAUACCAUAAAAUGUUCAUAAUUUAUAAGCCAAAAGUUCAAUGCCGAUGUAGCCAGGUGUUUAAUUGUUAAAUGUAAGCGUACUCAGUACUUAACCAAGUAUUUGUCACUUUUACUUGUAUAUAUAUACGUACUUAUAUACACAUAAGUAUGUGUGUGCUCUAUGUAUAUGAAAUUAACCACAU